AUGUUCGUAUGGCAAGUGUAUACGUGUCGUCACAUUUCGUCAGACAUUGUCGGCCUUGUAACUGAGAAGUCUUUGGAAUGUAUCGCGGAAACAGGCUUCAGUGAUGACAUUGUCCACUUCCACAUGGAUAAGCUGCGAGCACUGUACGAGAAGAGCGACAAAAAGAACAAGUUAAAGAGGUUAUAUAUGAGUGCGCCAAGAUACAAGAGAAGAGCCCCUUAG